UUCAAUAAAAUUUAUUGUAAUAAAUAUUUAAGAUAAAAUGGCUUUAUUUACAUCUAAAAAUUAUCCGUGGAAAUUAAUAGCAGAAGAUGAAACAAUCGCAACAUUUAAAGUACCAUCGUAUCCAAUAACCAGUCAAAGUGUAAUUCCUUGCUAUGUUCCUGAUGACAUGAAUACAAUUCCUUUAAAAUUCCCAAGCAUAAUAAUGGGCUUCGAUCGUCAUCCCAUUCAUGUUGCACGUUCUGCACUUGGAAUAAAAUAUACAGCUAUGAAAUCAGUAGAGAAUCAAAAUUAUCUGACAGAUCAAGUAUCUUCAAUUCUUAAAAGUUCUCAAGUAAUAGGAAAAAAUUUAGACAAUUUAAUUAGAUUGGCAAAAGAACGAAUGGAAACAUGCAAAAAAGUAAAAAAUAAGGAAAAAGAUGACGUAUAUCUAAAGAAUUUAAAAUUGAAGAUCGAUAAGAUAACAUUGAAAUUUGAAGAAUUUAUUCUUGAGCAUAAGGAAAUGCAAAGUUGUAAACGUAACUUGCAAAGUUGCAUUCAAAACAUCGGAGUUCCAUUACAUAUUUCUGCCGAAUGUCUUCAUCAUCGAGAAACUAGAUGCAAAAAUGAAAAGAUUAAUGAUAAGGUGGAGAAGAUGCUUAUGAAAGAAAGUGUUGAAUUUCGCCAAAAUCAGCAGUAUUUAGAAAAAUAUUUGCAGCAGUGUGAAACUAAUUUAAUCAAGGGAAGAAAAAUUCAAAGUGAAUUAGAAAAUAUAAUAAAAAAUAUACAAUGGAAUCUAUUUACUAAUUUGCCAACUGAGGAAAUAGAGAUUAUUGAAAAUAUUAAUCAGAUAUGGAAUAAAACUAAUAAAGCUUUCUUAGAAAAUUGCAUCCAAUUGAAAACAGCUAGAGACGAAACCAGUUCUUAUUUAGAAAAGGUGAAGAAUGAAAUAUUUCAUGUGGAAACGAACUUAAAAUAUUUAAAGACCAAUAAAGAAUCCCACAAUGAAUUGCAACAAGCUGAAAAUCAAUUAGAAUCCUUAUUAAAAGUAAAAAACAAUCUUGAACUUGAACAUUGGAUAAAAAUAGAAACGCUUUUUAUCGACGAACAAAAAUGUAUGUCACUCAGAAGGUGCUAUCCAAAAUCAAUAAUUACGAAUUAUUAAGUUUCCUUGUUUAUUUUAAUUUCGUUUACUUGUUUAUGUAACUAUUUAGUGAAAUUAUUUUAUUAAU